AUGUCUCACGGCUUCAGCGGACGCUCUAUGAAGAACCACAGUGUUCUCGGUCAGGCCGCCGUCUGUAUCACCGAUCAGAUGGCUGACCUUGCUGCCUGGGAUGGUUCCAGCUGUGACCCCAUCACUCGUAAGACCACUCUUACCUGCACUAUGGGUCCCUCUGAUUGGGAUGUCGAGACUUUGGUCAAGAUGAUUAACCAGGGACUCAACAUCGCUAGGUUCAACUUCUCCCACGGUGACUUUGAGAGCCACAGUAAGUGCCUUGCCAACCUUAAGGAGGCUCUCAAGCAGUGCCCCGGCAAGCACGUUGCUGUCAUGCUCGAUACCAAGGGACCUGAGAUCCGUUCGG